UUCGGGGUUUAGGGUUUUUCUUCAAUUUUGGGGACAGAGCAAGGUAAACUGAGAGAGAGAAGAAAUGGCGCUGAGGGCAGGACUUGUAAGGCGAUUUCUGUCUACUCCAAUCUUCGCUUCUCAAUCUAGAGCUGCUGCAACUGCUGCGUCCUCGGCUUAUGCCUCUGUUGCCGAUUCCAACAACAUCAGUGAUAAAGCUACCGCAGAACCUAACACCACUCUCUUCGUCGCUGGGCUUAACAAGAGAACCACGCCUGAAAAACUUAACGAAGCAUUCUCUCAAUUUGGUGAAGUGGUUAAUGUAAAGGUAGUAAUAGACCGUGAUUCUGGAUUUUCAAAGGGCUUUGGGUUUGUGAAUUAUGCCACUUUAGAAGACGCCGAGAAAGGGGUGAAAGGGAUGGAUGCACAGGUUCUUGAUGGAUGGGUCAUUUUUACUGAAUUUGCACGACCAAAAAGAAUUCCAGGACAGUGAGCAUCUCCAGAAACUUACCCAACUGCUAGCUGAUGAUCAAUCCAACCAGUGUUACAUUGUGAAUUAUACCCUACUUGGUGGAGUAACGGGUGCUGUGCUGUUUGGGAAACCAAUUGGCUUCCUUGGGAAGAUUUGGACGUAGGAGCAGUUUUGUUCUCAUUUUCAUGGGCUAAUUGUACCUCAAAGCAAUUUCUGUCGAUAAAAGCUUUUGAUUUCACUCUUGAUAAUAUAAUUUAUCUGUUUCUUUGUAA